AUGGACACAAACCUCAACACUCCAACAUCUGCUCCUAAAUUUGAGAUCAAAGGCAACCAAAUUAUGGCUAGAAAUAGAAACUGCUUUCUAGUCAGGCACACUCCUCACCCCAGAAGAGUUUGCCACAUCAAAGGUUUGAAUAACACUCCAAUCUGUACUGUGAAUGACGAUGAGAAUGCAGUCAGAACAUUGGCUGGUGUCGUCCAGUAUAACGACUCAGAAAAAAAUGAAACACCACUUGCCAAAUGCAGUAAAACACCCAGCGCCACCGAGGGGUGUCCAAAGGAUAGGCGUACCCAGAGUCCUGUCAAAAGAGUGUUGUCAGCCCCACACAGUGUCAAAAUGCCUCCACGGCCUCAUUCUGAACCAUGUAGAAAAAUCAGUGAAUGCUACAAAACUUCCAGUGAAAAUCCCUUAGUAUUUAAAAAGGAGGAUUUUAAGGCCAAAAAGUCACCAUCACCUCCAAAGGCGUCCUCUACUGCUGGCUCCAGUUCUUCAGAGGUGAUGAGCCCCAAGACUCAUGUCAAAGAGAACACUGUUUGCAUACCAAAUUAUCUGGAUCAGGAAAUAAAAAUCCUGGCAAAGCUCUGUGAAAUUUUACAUACUGAUUCUCUAGGAGAAGUUCUACAAUGGCUGCUCCAUGCCAGUACAACAGAAAAAGAGUGGGUCUCAGCUUUGGUUCAUUCUGAGCUGGCAGAGAUAAACUUGUUGACUCACCGCAGAAGAAACACCUCAGUGGAAUCAGCAACAGAGAAUGGGAGGCCAUCAACAGUUAAAUCACCACCCACAGUCAAAUCACCCCAAAAUUCACCUGUAAAGUCAAGAGUGCAUACUAGAGCUAGCGAAGGAAAUCAACUACCCAGGGUGUCAAGUCAAGGAUCUGAAGGAAAUAGAGAAGUACUACAAGGGGCUGAGCACAGGCCCGAAUUCUUGAUAAGAAGAAACAAGACGAAAAUACCUGUUACAGAAUAUUUCAACAAAUCAAAGUCUCCUCUCAGGCCCAAUAGUGAGGACAGCAGAUCAGAAAAGCCAAUGUCAAUAAUAAGUAGCCCACAAGGAUACAGUCCCUCUCCUCAAAGUGCAUUUUAUCCUUUAACAUAA